AUGUUUGAUGUUCAGCUGACAAGUCAGGAGACAAAGGGGAAGGAGAUGGCUCGACAGCCGCAUACUGCGUGUUCCGCGCUCGUGCCGCCCCGCAGCCCGGAGGCCGAGACGCUUCGCGUUAGCGUCUUCCGCGCGGGAGCGAAAUUUCGCACGGCAUCCGUCGGGCCCGCGAUUCGUGAUGCUUAUGCGUAUGUCGGUUGUAUUGCAGCGGCGCCGGGCGUUUCGACAGCCCCGCCGCGUGGCAACGCCCGCGCCUGCCCUGGGGCUUCGCCCCUCGCGACUCGCCGCGCGCGUUUGGAGCCCUCGCUCCUGCCAAUCCGCUAUCGGAACUCUAAAGGUAAGCUUUCAAUUCAAGGUGAGUUGCAGGCGCACGAUCGAUAA